GGUGCCAAGUGCAUCGAUGGCUCGGCCCCCUUCUACGCAAUCCGCUCCGCCACCUCUGUGACCAACAGCACCAAAUGGUACUUCCACAUCGAGGGCGGCGCCUGGUGCACCAGCGUGGACAACUGCUAUGAUCGAUCGCUCAGCCAAUUCGGCAGCUCUGAUCGCUUCAACGAAACCAUGGACAUGUCCUUGAUUAAUGGAUGCAACAACAGUCGCUGGUGUGGAACUCUGUCCGUGCCAGACGCUACACAAAACCCCAUGGCCCACGACUGGAACUUUGUGUGGUUCCACUAUUGCGAUGGGGGCAGCUUCACAGGCAACAACGAGACCGCCACCGAGUACAACAACACCCAAAUGUACUUUCGAGGCUAUCGCAUCUUACGUGCCUCCAUGCUGGAUCUCCUGCAGAACGAAGGCCUGGAUCGGGCAGAUACCGUCAUCAUUGGCGGUGAUUCGGCCGGUGGACUCGCCACAUGGAUUCACACUGAUGGAAUUCGCGCCAUGCUCCCCACACAGGCCCACGUUGUCGGACUCCCCGACUCGGGCUUCUUCAUGGACUACGGGACCUGGAGCAACGGCCUCCGCUGGAUUUACAGCUUUAUGAACGCGACUGCGGGUCUCAAUCAAGCCUGUGUUGCUCACUACGCCCCAGUCAGGAACAUCACGGCUUGCAUGUUUGCCCAAUACACUGCUCCUUUCAGCCAGACGCCCAUGUUCGCGCUGCAGGGCCGCUUUGAUGCCUACCAGACCGGCUCAAUCCUGCAUUCCCAAGACCCCGCCCAGGUGAAUCCGUACGGUGAAUGGCUGACCUCAGUCCUCACCUCUACCCUCAACCUCCAAACAGGCGGCAAACACGCGGCUUUCAUUGACUCGUGCCACCACCACUGUGGCUACUGGACCAAUUGCCUCGGCGUCGCCAUUGACGGCCGCGGCGCCAAAGACGCUGUCGCCGCCUGGAUGUUCAACCAGACCACC